CCUUCACACAAGACUUUUAGGAUCAAGAAGAAGCUGGGCAAGAAGAUGAGGCAGAACAGGCCCAUUCCUUACUGGAUCCGCAUGAGGACGGACAAUACCAUCAGGUAUAAUGCGAAGCGCAGGCACUGGCGCCGCACCAAGCUAGGGUUCUAAGGUGCAACUAUCUACCUCUCCCAUUCUAGUUUUGUAGUGCAAUCUAUGACAUUCGAAGAUUGUAAAUUCAUUUAUUAGUUUUCAACUCGUUUAAUUUUCAAUUUACAAUGAAUCUGUUAUCUUUUUGGUUUGAUAUUUAUGUGAAGCGCACAAUUGUUAUGAUGUUUACAACGUGAUACUUAGGUUAUGAUAUUCAGUUGUCUUGCUU